GCCGUCGUCGCGGUGGUCCGCAGCGCCGCAUACUUAACCCUGAUUCCUGUGUAUUCCUGUGUACCUCCUCCAGCUCUUCUCGUCGACCACCUCUCUCAAGGCCACCCUCUGUAUCUCCCUGCGAUCGCUGCGAUGUACUCCUCACCAAGCUAUGGCUCGCCACCCGCCGAACUCUCCAACAACCCCUUCAUCGACCAUCCCGCGAACGCCCUCAAUCGCUACCCAGACAUCAACGCAGUAGAAAAUCCCACAGGGCUCUCAGUACAGCACGCACAAUGGGCGCAGCAGCCAGGCACAUCCUAUGCGCCAAAUCCCACAGGAUACCAGGGCCAGAUGUACAGUGGCGGGUACCAGCAGCCGCAGCUCGGUCCACAGCAGACGGGGUGGAAUCCCGGUGCGGGGUAUGGCCAGCAGCAGGGGUACGCGUCCCCGGUGCAGAGCCAGCAGUCGUCCGGGUUCCAACCCACGAGCUCGUUCGGCCAGCAGCUCGCCUCGCAUGUGAACGGCGCAUACACCGGCCUCCCGCAGCAGCAGCAGCAGCAACAACAACAGCAACCGCAAUACGGCGGGUACCCCGCUGGCCAACCAUCCCAGUUCGGUGCGGGCUACCAACCCGGCUACACACAGCCCCAGCAGACUUCGUCAUACCUAGCGGAGUUCGAUCCCUAUGCGCAGGGCGGGGCCCAGCAGCAGUCGCCAUACGGCGGGGCGCCUGCACAGGGGCCCGCCGGUGGCGCGCAGGGCGGGGUCAGGCCGCCGCACCCGCGCGAGUACGUGCAGCAGCACAAGCAGGAGCUCGAGGGCUGGGAUACGUAUGCGUGGAAGCAGAUACAGAACUCCUUUGACGCGCUGAAGGAGGCGUGGGGCCAACGGAAACACGAGGUCGAGGGAAGGGCGCGUUCCAUUGGCGGCGCAGGGCUGUUUGGCGGAGGGAUGGGGUAUGGUGGGUACUAUGGGGGCCCACAGCAGGAGGCUACAAGGCUGGAACAGCUCGCGAAGCAGGCGGAGAGUAAUUUCGAUUCCGUUGCGGCAUCGUCGUUCCAGAUGCACGAAGUGUUCACUGGCUACCGCCAAUCCGGCGACCUCGCCUCGAAACGCCGCGUGCGCGAGGCGAUCAACGCCGCACUAGUCAGUCUACCAGACUGGCCCCCGCAAACAUUCUAAGGACGAAUGAUCGAGGUUUCCGCCCGGGGUGUAUUGGAUCAAGGUUGUACUUUUGCUUUCUAUCGGACUUGCUCAUGUCUACAUGUAUUGCCUCGAUGCUGUACGUUGCUGUACUUCGAUGACCACGUUGAGUGUAAAAUGAGUGUAAUAUGAAACUCACUGACGAUGAGUAGUGAUGCAGUA